AUGGGACUCCUUAAACAGCUUCCCUAUUUCUUGCUACAUCCAAACCAACUGCGAUCAAUCAUACAAUGGAAACUUUGGCACGAUCCCGUACACACACGCGACCCCAGCAAAGAAUCAGAAUCGCUCAAACAAUGCUUUUACUACCUGGAUAUGACCAGUCGAAGUUUCAGCGCGGUGAUCCAGGAAUUACACCCAGAGCUACUGGUUCCAGUUGCGAUAUUCUACCUCAUCUUGCGAGGCUUGGACACAAUUGAGGAUGACAUGACAAUACCACUAGAGAAGAAGGAGCCUUUACUGCGAAAAUUUGACGAGAUAUUGGAGUUGGAUGACUGGACGUUUACAGAAAAUGGGCCUGAUGAGAAGGAUAGGGAGCUGCUUGUCCACUUCGACUGCGUCCUUAAGGAGUUCAAGCUAUUGAAGCCACAAUAUCAGAAAGUCAUUUCGGAGUAUACAAAAAAGAUGGGUAAUGGAAUGGCGGAUUAUGCAAACAAUGCCGAACACAAUAUCCAUGGAGUUCAGAGUACUAAGGAUUACGAAUUAUACUGCCAUUACGUCGCUGGUCUGGUUGGAGCUGGGUUGACCAGGUUAUUUGUGGAUGCUGAACUCGCCAAUCCAGCGCUUCUGAAGCGACCAGAGCUUUCCGAGUCUAUGGGCCAAUUUCUCCAGAAGACAAACAUCAUCCGUGAUUUACGAGAAGAUUUCGAUGACAAGAGGCGGUUUUAUCCCAAGGAGAUCUGGUCCAAGCAUGUCGAUAACUUCGACGAUCUGUUUGUGCCUGCGAAUAUCGACAAGGCCUUAGCCACCACUUCCGAAAUGGUUCUCAACGCUUUAGACAAUGUGCCUCAAUGUCUUUUCUACAUGGCCGGUAUUAAAGAUCAAUCAGUUUUCAAUUUUGUUGCAAUUCCACAAGUGAUGGCUAUUGCUACGUUAGAAGCGGUUUUCAGGAAUCCAAAAGUCACAACAGGUGUUGUGAAAAUCACAAAGGGUGACGCUUGCAAGUUAAUGAUGGAAUCCUCGCAAAACUUAAGAACUGUUUGUGAUAUCUUCCAGAGAUAUACCAGAAGGAUACACAAGAAGAACACCCCAAAGGAUCCUAACUUCCUCGAAAUCAGUAUCGCAUGUGGACAGAUUGAGCAAUUCAUCGAAUCUAUCUUCCCGUCACAAGAUCCAAAGAAGCUCACCUUGUUGCAUGGUGCAGACGGUCCGGUCACCACCAUCGAAGACGAAGAGAAGCGACGCCAAGAGAAAGAAGACAAGAAAGACGUAUUCCUGUUACUGCUCUCUGUCGUUGGGACUCUCUUCGUUAUAUCUGGUCUCAUGAUCGGUGCGGCAUAUCUUCUUGGCGCCCGCUUCGACAUUGCUUUCUCAGAACUCACAAAAGGGAAACUCUCUCCAGAUCGUGAUGCGGCGCAAUCGAUUGUCGCAAAGCAUGAUGGACAUGUAGAGUUGUAA